UCUUGGAUUUUUCCCCGACGUCAGCAGCAGUUGUAAAUUUGACGACAACCCAACUGCAGACGAAGAUGAGCGCUACGCUGGCGAAGAAGAUCUUGUUCGUGCUAGGCGGCCCUGGUGCUGGCAAGGGCACACAGUGUGCUAAGCUGGUGGAGAAGUACGGCUUUGUCCACUUGUCGGCCGGCGACUUGCUGCGUGAGGAGCGUCAGUCAGGCUCGGAGAAUGGCGAACUGAUCGACCGUAUGAUCAAGGAAGGCCAGAUUGUGCCCGUGAAGAUCACGCUGAACCUGCUGCAGCAGGCAAUGGUCAAGAGCGGCCGCGACCUGUUCCUCAUCGACGGGUUCCCGCGCAAUUUCGACAACCUGCAGGGCUGGCAAGAGGAGAUGUCCGAGGAUGAAUUCCAGGUGCAAGGUGUGCUCUUCUACGACUGCCCUGAGAGCGUCAUGGAGGAGCGUCUGCUUGAACGUGGCAAGACCAGCGGACGCACGGACGACAACGCUGAGGCCAUCCGCAAGCGCUUCCGCACAUACCUCGAUUCGACCAUGCCCGUCAUUAUGCACUACGAGAAGCAGAACAAGGUGUUUAAGGUGGACGCCACCCCCGGCCCGGACGAGGUCUUCGAGGCCACCGCCGCACUCAUUGGCCCCCUCGUCGACAAGUAAGCGUAAACUACCGCUCACAAUGGCUACGGAGGCGAGCGCAACUACGAGCACGCGAGGGGGAACUUCUUCAUCGUAGGAUCAGAUUUAAUGCGAUUCCUAGUGAAUGAAAAGUACUUUUAUGGCAUUCAAACGAAAAAAAACCAUUAAAUUUUUAGUGGCUUUUUUUCGUCUGAAUGCCAUCCUAGCCAAUCAGCUCGAAGCUCACAAUGGCAUAAUCAAAUCAAGUUCCUCUAAAUUAGGAAUCAUGCUAACUGUAAAUCUGAGCAGAG